CGCUGACGGCAGAUCUCCACAGUCUCUCUGAUUCUUUUGCUCUCCCCGGACCGGACGGGCAGGUGGAGAUGAUGGCGCACCGAGCCGCCGCGCUUGUUUCACGGUUGCUGUGGCCGCUGCUCGUGACCUGCUGCUGGUGCACCACGGCACAGGAGCUUCCGGCCAACGGACUGAACGGGUACAGCCUGCACCCGCCUUACUUCAACCUGGCAGAGGGCACCAAGAUCACCGCCACCGCGACCUGCGGGCUGGACGACGCCGGCAGGAGCAUACAGGACCUCUACUGCAAGCUGGUCGGUGGCCCGAUGUCAGGAGAGCCGAGCCAGACCAUCCAGGGCCAGUACUGUGACAUCUGCAGCCAGGGGUUAAGUGAUCGCGCUCAUCCCAUCACCAACGCCAUCGACGGGACAGAGCGAUGGUGGCAGAGCCCACCCCUGUCUCGCAGCACAGAGUACAACGAGGUCAACGUCACCUUAGAUCUUGGACAGCUCUUCCAUGUGGCCUAUGUGUUGAUCAAAUUCGCCAACUCUCCCCGUCCAGACCUCUGGGUCCUGGAGAGAUCCACUGACUUUGGGCAGACCUACCAGCCCUGGCAGUAUUUUGCCUCCUCUAAGAGAGAUUGUAUCGAGCGAUUCGGGCAGAAGACCAUCGAGAGAAUCAACGGGGAUGAUGAUGUCAUCUGCACCACAGAGUACUCGCGGAUAGUGCCGCUGGAGAACGGGGAGAUCGUAGUGUCCCUGGUGAACGGUCGCCCUGGGGCAAUGAACUUCUCCUACUCCCCGGUGUUGAGGGAUUUUACCAAGGCCACCAACAUCCGGCUGCGCUUCCUGAGGACCAACACGCUGCUGGGACACCUGAUGGGCAAAGCGCUGCGUGACCCCACAGUGACCCGCAGGUAUUACUACAGCAUCAAAGACAUCAGUAUUGGAGGUCGCUGUGUGUGUAACGGACACGCUGACGCCUGCGACGCCAAGGACCCCAAUGACCCUUACAAGCUGCAGUGUGACUGUCAACACCACACCUGUGGAGUGUCAUGUGACCAAUGCUGCCCUGGGUACCAUCAGUUACCAUGGAAACCUGCCACAACUUACAGUGCCAAUGAGUGUGAAGCAUGUAACUGUCAUCAUCAUGCCUUUGAAUGUUACUAUGACCCUGAGAUCGAUCGGAAGAGACUCAGCCUUGACAUCCACGGACACCACAGAGGUGGAGGUGUCUGCCUUAACUGUCAGCAUCACACUACCGGAGUUAACUGUGAGCGCUGCAUCCCCACCUACUACAGGUCACCUGACCACCCCAUCAACUCCCCGCAGGCCUGCUUACCCUGUAACUGUCAGAUGGAGUUUACUGAUGGAACCUGCGAGGAUCUGACCGGUCGCUGCUUCUGCAAGCCAAACUACACCGGGGACGACUGCAACUCCUGUGCCAGCGGCUUCAUUGGUUUUCCUGAGUGUUACCCCAUCCCCACAUACCCCACCAGUGGUGAGGCCAAACCAGCUGGAGAGAUCAUCAACUGCGAGUGCAGUGCAGCAGGCACAGUGGAAAACUCCUGCAGGCCGGACCCUCGAACAGGAACCUGCAUCUGUAAACCAGGAUUCACCGGGGACCACUGCGACACCUGCGCUCCGGGUUUCUAUGGACUCAACUGCCAGGCCUGCCAGUGUUUGGGUCCAGGCUGUUACGACGGGUCAUGUGACUUGGUGUCAGGUGAUGGAGUGUGUCGAAAUGGUUUCCAGGGUUCCCAAUGUGAUCAGUGUGCACCAGGCUACUUCUACUACCCGCUCUGCCAACUGUGCGGCUGCAGCACCAUAGGCUCGCUGCCUGAAGGCUGCGACGCCUCUGGCCGCUGUUUGUGCAGGCCAGAAUUUCAGGGCCCUCGAUGUGAGCAGUGCAGAUCUGGAUUCCACUCCUUCCCCAACUGUCAAGAGUGUGUCUGUGAUCCUCGGACGUCGCUGGACUCCAGCUGCACUGUGUCCGGUAUUUGCCACUGUCGACCCAACUACAGUGGAGCCUCCUGUGACCAGUGUGCCCCUGGUUACUAUGGCUAUCCAAGCUGCACGCCCUGCCACUGCUCCCCCGAGGGCUCCCGCCAUGUGGCCUGUGAGCAGACCACGGGUCAGUGUAUGUGUCUGCCGGGUGUGGUGGGUCUGAAGUGCGAUGCCUGCCCACACGGCUCCUACGGAUUCCCCAACUGCCAAGCUGGAACGUGUCAUCCGGCCGGUUCUGUUCACUUCGCUGCUCUGCCACAUGUGGGUCAGUGUGAGUGUCGCCGCCAUGUGGAGGGCGCGGCCUGCGACCGGUGUAAGCCUCUGUACUGGAACCUCUCCCCGGACUCUCCGAAUGGAUGCUCCAGCUGUGAGUGUAACAUCGCAGGCACUCUGAGUGGUGUUGCAGAGUGUGCACAGGAAACUGGUCAGUGUCACUGUAAGCCCAGUGUCUGCAGUGGGGCUUGCUCUGCUUGCAAAGAUGGCUUCUAUAACCUGCAGCAUCACAACUACUUUGGCUGCCAGAGUUGUCAGUGUGAUAUUGGGGGCUCUUUGGGUCCAUUUUGUGAAGAUCAAAAUGGCCAGUGUCGGUGCAGAUCCAACGUUGAGGGACCCAAGUGUAACGUACCUCGUCCAGAUCAUUACUUUCCUGACCUUCAUCAUCUAAAAUUUGAGAUUGAGGAGGGAACCAUGAUGGAUGGGCGACCAGUGAGAUUUGGUUACAACCUACUGGAAUUCCCAAAUUUCAGCUGGAGAGGUUAUGCUCAGAUGUCAUCCAUUCAGUCCAGGGUUCUGGUGUCGGUAUCGAUCACUUCUCCAGACCUCUAUCAUGUGGUGCUGCGCUUUGCCAACUGGGCCGGGUCUGCUGUUCAGGGUCGGGUGUCAGUCACAGAGGAUGAAUGGAGCUACUACUGUGGUAACUGUUCCGAGCAGUCCAAACCCAUUGUUUUUGCUCCCAGCAUUGAACCCACCUUCGUUAAUGUUCCUCAAAACAAUUUUGUGGAGCCUUUUGUCCUGAAUCCAGGAACUUGGACGGUGGUCAUCGAGGCUCAGGGAGUCCUGCUGGACUACCUGGUCCUGCUGCCCAGUGCAUAUUAUGAAGCUCCACUUCUACAGAUGAGAGUUACUGAACCGUGCACCUACAGCUCCACACCUGAAACCAGCAAGAACUGCCUGCUGUACAAGUAUCUGUCCCUGGACGCAUUUCCAUCCGUGUCCAGCAAGGAUGCCAGCUGCCGAAAUGAUAACCACCUGCCGCGCCCCUGCCCGGUGGAGAGGGUCACCCCACGACAUCCUGAAAUGGCUGUCUGCAGUGGAAAUGAUAUUAGCGUUGGGCUUCGUGUGCGCCUGCUGCCUCCAGGUGACUACAAUCUGCUGAUGGAGUACUCCAGCGAGGAGGAGCUGUCUCAGACUCUGUUCGUGACCGUGAACGCGCCGGGGGCACGGACGCACCAACACCGUGUCACACUUUUGCACUGCAAGUACAGUUUUCUGUGUCGAGUGGUGGCCAGUGAUGAACACAAGCGAGUGUCAGUCUUCUCCCUGCCUGCUGACGCAGAAAUCCAGCUCUCUUCAGAGAGAGCCAGCUUCUUCCUGCACAAAGUGUACCUGGUACCUGCAGACCAGUUCACUAUGGAGUAUGCUGAACCUAAAGUCCACUGCAUUAAUACUCACGGCCAGUUCUCACCUGAUAGUUCCUCCUGCAUCCCCUCACGCUUCCAGAAACCAUCCGACUCUCUGGUUUUAAAGGAAGGUCAGAGCUCCACCUUGCUGCUGGAACCAGCAACCCCUCCUCCGUCCGUCCUGAGCGAAGAGCCUGCCUGGAUGGAAGGGGUCAGACCUCCCUUUGGUGCAGAUGACAACGGCCACAUGCGGCUGGAUUCAGAGCAGAAUAUUGUGGUCUACUCCGCCCGGGUCCCGGCGCUGGGACGCUACGUUUUCAUCCUCCAUUAUCACCAGCCUCUUCACCCCACCUACCAGGUGCAGACCUUUAUUAACGGAGGGCGAAUCUGGCAAGGCCACACCAACGCCUCCUUCUGUCCUCACGCGUACGGCUGCCGUAACGUGCUGGUCUCUGAGAACCAGAUCAUCCUGGAUGUGACAGACCAUGAUGUCUUCAUCACAGUGCAGAUUCCUGCUGACAAGACUCUGUGGCUGGACUAUGUUCUGGUUGUUCCUGAGGCAAGCUAUAGCUCCAGCCACCUGAACGAGCUUCCUUUGGACCAAUCCUACAACUUUAUUAGUAACUGUGGACACAACAGUUUCUACAUCGAUUCGUACACAGCUUCCCCGUUCUGCCUCAGUUCGGCUAUGUCCUUGUCUGCUUUCUUCAACAACGGGGCCAUGCCAUGUGCUUGCCACGAGGUGGGGGCUGAGAGCGACACCUGCGAGCAGUUUGGCGGUCAGUGCAGGUGCAGGCCGAACGUGAUUGGAAGAGACUGUUCCAUGUGUGCGACGGGUUACUGGGGGUUCCCCAACUGUAGGCCGUGUAACUGUGGCUCCAGGCUGUGUGAGCCGGUGAACGGGGAGUGCAUUUGUCCCCCGAGGACCUUGCUGCCCGAGUGCUCCCAGUGCGAGCCGCAGACGUUCGGCUGCCACCCCAUCGUGGGCUGUGAGGUCUGUAACUGCUCCCAUGGAGGCGUCCUCUCCCAUGACGACAGCUGCGACUCCCUCAACGGACAGUGCAGCUGUAAGAACAACAUUAUUGGCCGCCAGUGUGACCGCUGCGCCCUUGGUUACUAUGGUUACCCCAAUUGUCGGCCAUGUGAGUGCAACGAGGCAGGAACUGAGGAGGAAGUGUGUGACUCUGUAACUGGACGAUGUCUCUGCAAGGAGAACGUCCAGGGAGCUCGAUGUGAUCAGUGCAGGAUUGGCACUUUUCACUUGGACCCCACCAACCCCAAAGGCUGCACCAGCUGCUUCUGUUUUGGAGCCACAGACAGAUGUCAGAGCUCAGAUAAAAGACGCACAGAGAUAAUAGACAUGAAAGGCUGGGUUCUGCUCGGAGCAGACAGGCAGGAGGUUGUUGUAAACGAGUAUCCGGAUCAGGACCUCGUGGAAGCUGACCUGAGUGACGUUCCUGAUGUCUACCAGGACCUGUACUGGAAUGCACCCAACACCUAUUUAGGGGACAAGGUCUCAUCUUACGGAGGACUUCUGAGUUAUCGCCUUCACACCCAGACAAUGAGAGGAGACUCUCUGCCUCUGCCUCCAGAAGCAUCCAGGCCUGAUGUCAUUCUGAAGGGGAACCAGAUGACCUUGGUGUUCAUGCACAGGGAGUACUCUGCCCCCGAGGUUCCUCAUGAGGGAAAAGUUCGCAUCAUUGAGGGAAGUUUCCGGCAUUCCAGGACCGGGAACUCUGUUUCUCGGGAGGAGCUGAUGAUGGUGUUGGUACGUCUGGAGUCCCUGCAGAUCCGAGCCCUCCACUCUCAGUCCGCCCACUCCGUGUCACUGCGUGGCGUGGUGCUGGAAGCUGCAGAGAGCGUGCCGAAUGGACUGCAUGCCAAUAAUGUGGAAAUCUGCAUGUGUCCAGCCAACUACCGUGGAGACUCUUGUCAGAAAUGUGCUCCUGGUUACUACAGAGACACCAUCGGCCUGUUUAUGGGGAAAUGUGUUCCCUGUAACUGUAAUGGGCAUUCGGACCAGUGUUUAGACGGGUCAGGGCUCUGCUUGAACUGUCAACACAACACGGCCGGGAACCAGUGCGAGAAAUGCACGGGGGGGUUUCUGGGUAAUAACAGUCUUGAUGGGCAGGCAGUGGCGUGUUCCAGCUGUCCCUGCCCCCUGAGGGCGCCGUCCAACAACUUUGCAGAGCGCUGUGUGCAGGGAGGCGACUCGCUGCAGUGUCUGUGCAUGCCGGGUUACGCUGGACCCAGAUGUGAAAGGUGUGCCCCUGGAUUCUAUGGCAACCCGAUGGUUCUCGGAAGCAGCUGUCAGCCAUGCAACUGUAACGGCAACAGCGACCCCAACAUGCUGUUCAUCGACUGUCACCCGCAGACGGGAAAGUGUCUGAGCUGCAUGCACAACACUGCAGGAGACCACUGCCACCUCUGUGCUCCAGGGUUUUAUGGAGACGCCAUCAGUGCCAAGAACUGCACCAAAUGUGACUGUUCUCCCUGUGGGACUAAGUCGUGCGACCCCCACACCGGGCAGUGCCACUGCAAGGCUGGAGUGACCGGACCUCGCUGUGAGCGUUGUGAGGACGGGACGUUUGGCUUUGACUCCUGCUCGGGCUGCAGUCAGUGCGACUGCGACGCCUCGGCUGCUCUUGUCCAGCCCUGCCAUCCUCAGAGCGGCCAGUGCGCCUGUCAGCCGGGAGUCAAUGGACCGAACUGCAGACAGUGCGCUCCGGGGUUCUGGGACUAUGGAACCAACGGAUGCAAGAAGUGUGACUGCAGGGGGCACUGUGACCCCCGCACAGGGGAGUGCCACUGUCCUGAUGGGACGACAGGAAAACAAUGUGACAAAUGCAUUCAUGAGUACAGCGUACCUGUAGAGGACCAGCAUGGUAUCCAUUGUGAAAAGUGUGACAGCUGUGUCCUGGUCCUGCUGGACGAUCUGGACAAUCUGCAAAAGAACUUAACCUCCGCUGAAAACCAGCUGCAGAGUCUGAAUGCCAGCUCCAUGGCCUGGGCUCAGCUGGACAGCCUCAACAGAACCAUAGACGACGUCACUCGCUCAGUGGAGAGUUUCAACCGCUCACUGGAAGACGGUGGGAACCGGGCGGAUGUUCUCCAUGCCGACAUCACCGGCAUUCAAGGUGAUAUCGAUGAACUUCAACAGAAGGUGGGGGCGAUGACAGACCGGGUCGAGGGGCUGCACAUCAGCACCAAUAACACCCACCAGCAGGCAGAAGAUCUGCUUUCAUUUGUCAACAACAUCAGCAUGGACAUAAAUGAAAUCCUGCUCAUGACAAACCGCUCUCUAAAUGAAACGGAUCCAGAUCAGGACAGUGAGGACCAGGAGAGGAAGAUGAAGGAGGUGCAGGCCAUGCUGCGGGACAUGAGGGACAGAUCCUGUGUGGGUCAGAAGAAACUGGCUGACAGAGAGAAGGCUCAGGCAGAGAAAUUGCUGGAACGUGUUAUUCAAGAGUUGGCGAAUCGUCAAGACGAGAACAAGAAUUUGUCCCAGUCGAUCCGAGACCACCUCAGCCGUUUCCACAAUGAGAUGAUGGAGCUCAGAGACUUGCUGAACAAGGCCGUCAACGACACCGCCAGAGCUGCAGAGCUCAACAACAUCAACGAGAAGACACUGGAAGACCUCCAUAGGAACGCUGAAGACCUGCUGGGGAAGCAGAACCAGCUGAAGGAUCAGCUGAGCAUGGCUGUAGAUGAUGUGGCUCAGGUCAACAAUAUACCACCCAUGCUGGAGGAGCUCAAAGAGGAGUACGAACGUUUGGCAGCCCAGCUGGAUGGCGCUCAAUCACCUCUGGCAGAGAAGGUGCAAAAUAUUUCUUCAUGUAAUUCCAAAAUCCCCCUGGUGGAGGCGGCGGAGAGACAUGCUGAGCUGCUGAAUGCCUUGGCCAUGAACCUGUCCAGUUUGGUCACAAAAACCAAGGAGGAUGGAAUCACGGAUGUGACUAAAAUCUACAACAACGUUGUCAACCGUGUGAAGGAGGCAGAGGAGGCUGCUAAGGCGGCGCUGAAGGACGCCAACAUCACUUUGGAGAACAUAAAAAACCUGGACCUCAGUGUGGUGGCUAAAUCUCUAGCCAACAAAAGUACAGAGCUGAAUGAUGAGGCGCAGAAGCUGGAGGACAACCUGAACAACACCCUGAACCCACAGCUGGAAGAGGCUCGAAAGAGCCUGGAGAUGUUCAAAGCCAAACAAGCUGAGAUGAUGAAGGAUUUGGAAGCGGUGCAGAAGAACCUAAGCAUGAGCUCAAAUUUGACUGAGGAGAUAGAUGAAGUGAAGCGGGUGGCAGGUUUGGCAAACAGCUCUGCAACCCAGGUCAACUUGGCUCUGCAACCCAUUAAAAAGCAGCUGGAUGAGUGGCAGCAAACAUACGGAGACACCAACGUCACCAAUGAGGAAAUCAAAAACGCCCUGAUAGACGCCAACAACACGGUGCAAAAGCUGGAUGAAGCCAUCCCCACCCUCCUGAGAAAGCUGGAUGAGCUGCAGAAUCACUCGGCCCAAAUGCCCAACAUCUCUGAGAGCAUCAGCCGCAUCCGGCAGCUCAUCCAAGAGGCACGCAACGCUGCCAGCAAGAUAACAGUGCCCAUGAAAUUUAAUGGUUCCUCUGCCGUUCUGGUUCGAAACCCCUCCAACCUGGCGGACCUGGCUGCUUACACCUCCUUGAAGUUAUACAUCACCCUGCCAGAUGCAGCUCGGGCCAGGCGGGCCGAAGACGCCACCAGUCAGUUUGUCUUUUACCUCGGGAACAAAGAUUCCAGUAAGGAGUUUCUUGGGAUGACUUUGGAGGGUAAACGACUGCGCUGGCACUUCAACGUUGGAGGGGAAACUGCUGACGUGCUGAUGACUGAAGAUGUCAGUGCUGAUGGACAGUUCAAAGCUGUUGUCAUGGAAAGGAUCCUCCAGUACGGUCAAAUGUCCAUGUCUUCAAAAUCAGAGUUGGGGGUCCAGCAAACCAUCAGAGUCAAGGCGGAGGCCAAAGGUGAUGAGGGUCUGCUAAACCUGCUUACCAACGGCACUGUCUUCUAUGUAGGAGGAUACCCAGACACGUUCAAGCCUCCACCACCGCUGAAUGUCUCCUCCAACUUUAAGGGCUGCAUUGAGCUGGACACUCUUAAUGAGGAGGUUCUCAGUCUGUAUAACUUCGAAAAGACUUUUUCACUCAACACCACAGCAGAUAAACCGUGUGGAAGGUCUAAAGCAGUGCAGACGGAUCCCUGGGAGAAUGACGGCACGUAUUUUGACGGGGCGGGCUGGGCAGAAGUCACGCUUCAAAAUGAGCUGCAGCCAAGAGGAGACAGGUUGGAGCAGGAAGUCAAAGUGGUCUCUCGUAACGGGAUCCUGAUCAUGCUGCAAAACGGGACUCGGUUCCUUUGUUUGGCCGUGAUUCAAGGAAAGCUCAAAGUGUUCUACGAUUUUAACGGUGGAAUGAAGGAGUCCGUGUCCGACAAGCCGGAAUAUCUGCUCAUUAGUGAUGCUAACAACAGAUAUAUUGACUUGAUCCUCCUGUCUGAUGGGUUCGUGGUGAGGAGCAGUUACCAGAUUAUCUACAGGGAAAAGGGCAACUUUUUGACACCUGUGUUUGGAACCAGAUAUUAUCUGGGCGGAGUCCCGGAGAACACGAUGCCUGAGAGCUUGAGGGAGAAAUUCCCACAGCAGGGCUCUGUGAAGGCCUGUUUCCGGAACGUGAAAGCCAAAAAUGUUCACAUUGACCUGAAGAGGAUGAAGACCACUGGAGUGAGCUUUGGCUGUGACAAAGACCUGCUGGUGGCUCGUGAGGCGUAUUUUGGCGGUCAGAGCUACCUGGAAGAGGCUUCAACAAGCACCCCCUGCCUUAGAAACGACUUCUACGCCAGCUUUGGCUUCAGAACUAUCCAGGCAGAUGGGCUCAUGUUCUUCCACAAGGAUCAGGUCGGCACCCUCAAGGCCUUUUUGAAGGGCGGCCAUGUUGUGGUGAAUGACACCAUAAACUACAUCCGGACUCAGAAGACGUACAACGAUGACAACAGCCACUACAUUGCCAUCUACAACAACGCCAAGGGGAUGCGCAUCUUAAUGGACGAUGUGCUGGAGCCAGGAAGCAAAGGAGACGCCACAGAGAAAGGAACGGCAGUCUCAGGAUCAUCUACCUUCUUAGGAGGAAAGCCUGACGCAGGCCUCAGCAACCUCACCGGAUGCCUCAGCAAUGUUUUUAUCAAGAGGGAGAACGUUGAAGAGAAGGUUCUGGACCUGCUGAAGGUCAAAGAAAAUGUAAAUGUUCCUUUUGAAUGUCCUGCAUCCAAGACGCCUCAGCAGAUCGUCGCUGCGCAGCCAAAACAAAGCAGAAAAAUGAAGGGCAGGCAAAGGAAGCUAUCAGGAUCUCUCCAUCAAGGCACCAGUGAGUCCUGCCAGCAGGUCCAGCCUGUCUCUGAAAGUGGAGCAACACACUUCAGUGGCUCAGCUCACAGUUACCAGAGAUAUGACUCCAUCUCCAGCUUAAACCAUUUCUCCAUGGAGCUGAAAAUCAACUCUUCUGAUGGCCUCGUCCUCCUGGCUGAUGGCAGGCGACACAGCGGGGCAGUGAUGUCCCUCAGCGUCCUUAAAGGUCACCUGCUUCUUUUAGUAGACGGGCCAAAGGGGAGGGACAGCCUUCGACCCAAAAAGAAGUACAAUGACAACCAGUGGCACACGGUCUUCGUAAAGCAUGAAGGGCAGAAGGUCAGCCUGAUUGUGGAUGGCAUCAAUGCUCGAUCUAUGAGGCAGCCUGGGACUCGCAUUACCGGACCUCUCUAUAUCGGUGGGGCGCCACAUUCAGUGAAGGGCCUGGACUCUGCUGGCUUCGUUGGCUGUGUCCGGGAUCUGAGACUGAACAACGCCCACGUUGGAAACCCGGCAUACAGCCAGGGGACCAUUCCCUGCUUCCAGAACCUUCUCCAACCAGGAGUCUACUUUUCUGGAGAGGGCGGUCAUGUCAAGAUAGACGAAUCUUUGGUUUUGGAUCGGGAUGUCGAGAUCCAGCUUGAGGUUCGGCCCGUUUUUGACUCGGGACUGCUGAUGCACGCUGAAACGUCAGCUGACCUACAACUAAGCGUGAUCCUUGUUGAAGGAAAGGUGACGGCUUCUGUAACCAGCGGCGAACGUAAAUUCUCCACGUCUGUCACUCCCGUGGACCCUCUGUGUGACGGACAAUGGCACACUGUCAGCGUGGUCAAAAAGAAUAAGAGUUUGAAGCUGCUGGUGGAUGGAGUCGGCACGCACAGGGUGGGCCCCAAACAGAGCCGCUCUGCAGGGGCCAACGCAGCGUUUUACCUGGGAGGUGUGCAGGGUGGCGCUAAAGGGCCUAGGCUGCCUGACGGGCUGCCAGCCUUCAGAGGCUGUGUCCGCAGGGUGACAGUCAACCACAGAGCCGUCACGCUGUCCAGGCCGCUGUCUGUGCACGGACCUGUGGGAACACGAGGCUGUCCCCACAUGUAGAUCCAGGCUGAGCCUCCUCCACAAACACAUCCACUAGAGAUGCAGUUUGGAGAGUUUCCAGGGAGGCCGAUCCUCCAUGGUGGAGAUGUGUCAGGCAUGUUCGGGAUUAAAGAUCCUCCUAGAAACAAGAACACGACCUUUGACAUGAGCAGCUCCACACACAGAAGCCUUCUUCUUCUUACAUUCCUUAACUACAGAAUGCUGGUGGUGGGUAUCAUGCUACUGUAGCUAAUUUAAGUUAGGACGUCAUAUUUAUUAUAUACAGUAUGUAUUUCUUUUAGAAAAGGUGUUUUCACAUUUGUCAUUACUGUGUGCUCCAUGGCUGACAGACAUCUGUACACUGACACUAGAGCUUUUUCUUCUGGACAAUAAAGACAUUCUCUAAAACGG